UUUGGAGUCGCGAGUUCGUGGUGGGCCGUGGGGCCGGCAUAUCAUUCCUCCCCCUCCGAAUUCCGAUCGAUCCCCCCGCACUCCGAGCUGCGUCCAUCCCGGCCGCUCUGCGCCUUUAAAAUAGCAGCAGGCCGUGGAGUGUCCAGAAAGCUAAGUGCCCCUAACCCUACCCUCCUCCUCCUCGAUCCAACACAGAGAACGUCCCAACUCCCAAGGUUUUUUCGAUCCCGAUAAGCAUCCAAGUGAGAAGAUGUCAAGGUAUCAUCUGAAGCAGUUCGAGAAGGAGCGCAUGAAGAUGGCCAUGCUAAGGCAAGAAGAGACGUUCAGGCAACAGGUCCAGGAGCUGCACCGGCUGUACCGGGCCCAGCAGCUACUGAUGGCCGGCGAUGACGCGGCGACGAACGAGGCAACAAGAUCGGCAACGGCAACGGCAAUGCCGCCCGCGGCCACGCGACGCGACCUUGAGGCGGCGGCGGAGGACGACGACGACGAGAGACGCACCGUGGGGACCGGCGCCGGCUCGAGCAGCAGGUCGUGGGACGACGACGCCCACUCGCCGCCGCAGCAGCAUGGGCGGAGUGGCAACAGCGAGGCCCCUCCGCUCCUUCUCCGAGAGAGCGAGCUGGAGCUGACGCUGGCUCUAGGGUGCUUCGGCGGCGCGGCGCCCGGGAAGAAGGAGGCGUCGUCUACUAGCGUGGACUCGAGGACGAGCGUGUCGUCGUCGUCGACGGAGUCCGGGUCCGCCGGCAGCCCCGAGCGCGGGGUCCGACGACGACUGCCUCCCCCCGUCGUCUCUGAUGAUCAUCGGGUCGGUGCCGCCGGGCCAGCCUACCACUACUACUACCAGCAGGGCUGGGCAGCGUCUGGACCACGAAGCAGGCGGCCUGCCGCAGCCUCCCUGCUGGCUCCACAAGUGCCUGAAUUUGGCACGAUAGGGUAGUUCCGACCGAGUCUCACUGUAUUUGUGGGUACCACUACCAACCAUUCGAUUCUUAUGCCACCGCAGAUAUACUUAUCUUCUCUUUGUGCGCUGUUUCUUCACUUCUCUUCCUUCUUUGGAUGGAAGAGCCUACUAUACCCCGUACAAAAUUAUGCCUAGCUAGACACACACAAAAAAAACUCGACGGGAAGAGAAUGACGGUUCUUCCGGUAUUAUAUUAAGAAGAGACCAAAAUAUAGUCCCGAGACUCAUAACCGAGAAAAUUCUCGAACCCUAGAUCUCCAUCACUAGCAUGUCAUCAUCGUCUACUCUGCAACGGUCUAGCAAGAUUAUGGCGCGCAAGACGUAACCCGAAGCGAGUGGAACACAUCGAGGAGAUUUUUGUAACCGGGACUGAAAUUCGCCCUCGAGGAGGUCCACCCCUAGCUAGGCACAAGACUCGACGAGUUUGAGCCUUAUGGUUAGAGAUCGAUCCAAGCUGCGUAAACUGAACCUAGAUUUUAGAUUCGUUGCUGUGGAACUCGUUGAACUAGAUCCAAUGCAAGUCCUUGAUUUGAUA